GCACCACUCGAUUCGUAGUAAGAUCAUCAGCGUCCUCCCCUUUCCAGAACAAGCUUUGACGCACCAGAGACGAAUGUACCAUAUGCAACUGUGUUUACGCCACAUAUUGGCGACUUAAUCGAUCGCAUUUUUUACUUACUUUAUUUAAUACGAAGUCCUGGAAGUCUAGCUACCGAUUUGGGAGCUUUUGUCAAAGUAUCCGAGGAGAAAUGUCAAUGGAAAUACAGCAGAACCCGAUGCCUCCGUAGAGAGCUGUCUCUCAGUGCCAAGAACUGGUCCUCUGCUGAUUCAGAAAGACGGAGCAGACACCUUUGGAAAGUCUAGCAAUGUGGAGUUGCAUGGUUUACAAUGAGACGGACGACAACGUGGACCUCCGGCUCUGCCAGGACUUCGGACUCAUUCUGUCCGUCUUCUCUCUGGUGUACCUCAUUGUCUGCUUUCCAUUGGGGCUUUGCUACAAUGCCCUGCUGGUGGUGGUCAACCUUUCCAACAAGGUCACCAUGACCAUGCCUGAUGUCUACUUUGUGAACAUAGCCAUUGCUGGUCUGGUGCUCAACUUGGUGGCUCCAGUAGAGUUGCUGGGCCCCAGUUUUACACGCUGGCCAAUGUGGGAAUACAACAACGAGAUCUAUAUCACCCUCCUCAUUCUCUUCAACAUCUCCUCUCUGGUCAUCAUGUACUCCACUACCUUGCUCAGUCUGGACUAUUAUAUUGAGCGGGCUCUUCCUCGCACCUACAUGUCCAGCGUCUACAACACCAAGCAUGUUUGCGGCUUUAUCUGGGGCGGUGCCGUACUCACUAGCUUCUCUUCGCUGCUCUUCUAUGUGUGCAACCACGUCUCCACUAAGAUCAUCGAGUGCUCCAAGAUGCAAAACAAAGAGGCGGCUGACGCCAUCAUGAUGUUCAUUGGGUAUGUGGUGCCGGCGGUUGCCGUGCUUUACGCGUUCGUGCUGAUCCUCCGAAUCAGGAAGGAGUCCACGCCUUUGGACCAGGACUCUGGGAGGCUCGAUCCUUCCAUCCACAGGUUGCUGCUGGCCUCUGUGUGCAUGCAGUUUCUUCUAUGGACUCCAUACUACAUGACCUUACUGGUGCACACAGUGGCUGGAGCUCCUGGGAGCUAUUCCAACAGGCAGCACCUUACCACAUACUUCUUCCUGAGAUGUUUAUCCGUGCUGCUCGCCUUCUGCAGCAGCUUUGCCAUUCCCCUCAUGUACAAGCAAAUGAACAAGAACUUUUCGCAUAAACUUCAGCGGCUCCUAAAGAGGCUGCACUGCGGGGACCAAUCGUGUCCUCACGAACGCUCAACAGUACAGCAGGUGGUCACAUGAGGGCUUGUGUGUCCUAUCGGACCUGCUUCUCCCUCACUAGCACUUACUCCGAAUCCACAGAAGUAGAGCCAGCACAUGAACCUGGAUAUAUAUUGUGUGCAGAAAGGAAGCUCACCACAAGGUGUGUCUCUGUGAAAUUUUGGAACCUCUGUAACACUUAACUUUAUUUGUCCAUCUCUGUGGUGAGUGGGCGACCAAGAAGAAACCACUAAGUGCUGUUUUUGUGUAAGCUAUGUAUGUUCUUUGGGUUUUUGGGCCUGGGGAAAUCUCAACCCAUCUGAUGGUCCUUUCGGUGGAGGGGGAAAAGGUUGAACGUUUGUAAUCUGUUACAGGAUAUGUGGCAUAGCCUUCUAAUGUGAUGCUUUUAGACCAACCUAUUCCCUUUUAGCUCAAGGCCACAUUUUGCCCCAGACUCUCUGUGUUGUGAUCCACAACAGCAUAAGCUCUUCAGUCUAGAUUGAGUUUUCUGGUCACACUUUCUAUAAAACCUCUCUGGUAGACGCUAGUAUACGCAAUAUAAUUACCUCAAUUUCACACACCAACGGGCAUUACAUUACAACUUUUACAGCACCCAGAAAUAACUCAGUGAGACUGAUAUCAGGGAGCGGGAAAGAGGUGUGUGUGUGUGUCGUUGUGUGCGGGUGGUUGUGUGUUCUCGAGUGCUUGCUGCUAAGGUGAUGUGCAUCAUUACUGCACAGCUGCUCAGCCAUAUUAAAUCCAGUCAACUGUGUAUAGCUUAUUGAGACGAAGCUAUAGAAAUUAUCUACUAGACAAUGGAUCACAGUUUUAAGGUCAACUAGUUAAAAAUUUAAUCUUCUUUAUUAAAUACUUUUUCAAUCAUUA